GACAGACGGAGACCAUCGACCGAAUUAAACCGUCGUUGCCGCCUACGGAGAAAUGAUGAUUUCAUAAGUGAACGUUAUGGAGUGUCUCGGUUGUAUCCGAGCGUUUUUUGCGGCGAAUCAACAAAUUCCAGAGUAUUCGAGGCUGCCUCCGGUCCAUCUUGACACGCACUUCAUGGGAGAAAAUGCCGUCAUCGUCAAGAACGGUUAUCGGUUGUGCGGCACAGGAGGCUCCUUAGCGAAUCAACCUAUCGCUCAGAACAAAGCCUACUUCGAAGUCAAGUUACAGCAAGGCGGUAUCUGGGGCGUUGGCAUUGCGACGAGGGAGGUCGACUUGAACAAGUUGCCUCUAGGAACUGAUUACAGAAGUGUAGUCUUGAGAGACGACGGAUGCGUUGUCGGUGGUGGUCAAAUCCGGCACCGUCUGCCGCAACCGGUACAAGAAGGGGAUGUGAUCGGCGUCGCUUAUGAUCACGUGGAGCUUCAAUUCGCCCUCAAUGGUGUAGACCUGCAGGUCGCUACUUCCGGUAUAAAAGGAGAGGAAGUCUAUCCUGUCGUCUACGUGGACGGAGGAGCCGUGAUGGAAGCUGCGUUCAGCUCGUUCUACCAUGCGCCACCGGCGGGCUACCAAAGAAUUCUCGUCGAGCAGUCCUUACUGUAAACGCUGCGACCGCCGGAACGCGCGUCUUGCGCCCUGUUAGCCGUUUCUAAAUCGUACAUGUUCUCUCCUCGAUGGGCCGGGUCGUCUGUCUCUCGAGACCUGGCACUCAAAACAUUCCUCGUUUCGGUGGACUAGUCGGUUUUUCUGAACCAUGAUAGAGACUGUGUGCUUUUGCGAGUUUCGAUCUUCGUCGAAUGAAUAGUACGUGUGAUUUAAGUUAAUUCUUCCCCAUUGACGGACUGAAUACCGGGUCUGCUGAGCCUGUAAGCAUUAAGGAUGUGUACAAAUUGAGCAAACUUACUGACCAAAGAUUUCCUUGCGUGGGCAUCUCCGCCGAAAUUAGCUACAGGAUCCAUAUAUGAAUUAUUACGCGAUCGAUGGAGCGAGAAUAGUGAAGGCAUGAUAAUAUAUGAAUUGCGAAACCACGAAUAAAGAAUCUCUAUGAUUUAAAA